AUGGCUGCCGUUAAAAAAGAGGAGGAACUAAAUAAAGUUGAGGGACUUGAAAAUGGUGAGGAAGAGGAACUAGAUGCUGUAGAGGAAGGCGAAACUAAAGAUCCCGCUAAGAAGAAGAAAAAGAAAAAGAAGAAGAAGAAGACAGAAAAUGAAGCUACAGCUGAAAAUGAGUCUGCUGAAGUAACAAAUGCUUCAGAAAAGAUUGAAGCUUUGACUGUUGAUGAUGCACCUGCUGAAGGUGAUGAAAAAAAGAAAAAGAAGAAGAAGAACAAAAAUAAAUCUGGCAAGGGUCCAACUAAGGAGCAAACCAACCCACCAACCAUCCCUAUUGCAGAGUUGUAUCCUGAUGGCAACUUCCCCGAGGGUGAGAUAACAGAGCAUGGCCCAGCUGAAGGCAUUGAUGAAAGAACUGCAAAGGAACGAUUCUCUAGCGAGGAGAAGAGAGCUCUUGAUAGACUGCACCAAGACAUCUACCAGGAAAUCAGACAUGCUGCAGAGGCACAUAGACAAACACGUAAAUACAUGCGCGAUUGGAUCAAGCCAGGCAUGACUAUGAUUCAAAUCUGUGAAGAACUAGAAUCAACAGCAAGACGUCUGAUUGGUGAAGAUGGACUGAAAGCUGGUCUGGCUUUCCCCACUGGUUGCAGCCGUAAUCAUUGUGCGGCUCAUUAUACUCCCAACACUGGUGACACAACUGUCCUAGAAUAUGAUGACGUCGUAAAAAUCGACUUUGGUACUCACAUCAACGGGCGCAUCAUUGAUUGUGCCUUCACACUGAGCUUCAACCCGCGUUACGAUCCAUUGGUCAAGGGAGUACAGGAAGCUACUGAAGCAGGCAUCAAGGCUUCUGGAGUUGAUGUUAGGCUGUGUGACGUAGGAGCUGCUGUUCAAGAGGUUAUGGAAUCACAUGAAGUAGAAAUCGAUGGCCAAGUAUAUCAAGUGAAACCCAUACGUAAUUUGAAUGGGCACUCCAUUGGACCAUACAGGAUCCACGCUGGUAAGACAGUACCAAUUGUGAAGGGUGGUGAAACUACACGCAUGGAAGAGAAUGAAUUUUAUGCUAUUGAGACAUUCGGAUCUACUGGACGUGGCCAAGUGCAUGAUGAUAUGGACUGCUCUCAUUACAUGAAGAACUUUGAUCAACAAUUUGUCCCACUGAGGCUCCAAUCAUCAAAGCAACUCCUGAACUUGAUCAACAAAAAUUUCGGAACCCUGGCGUUCUGUAAGCGAUGGUUAGAACGCGCAGGUGCGUCUCGUUAUGCUAUGGCGCUCAAGGACUUGUGUGACAAAGGCGUGGUGGACGCAUACCCUCCGCUUUGCGACAUCAAAGGAUGCUACACUGCUCAAUUCGAGCACACUAUUCUGUUAAGACCCACUUGCAAAGAAAUUAUAUCGCGCGGAGAUGAUUACUAG